CGUUUCUUCCGCGGAAACCAGGGGCCGGAACCCGGAACCUCCGGCAGCGGGAUCUUGUUCCGGGGAUCCCGGCGCCGUGACUCCGCGAACAUGGCGGCGCUCGGAAGCUUCGUUCGGCGGCUGGAGAACGCGGUGGAGCGGCCGGUCCUCAUGUUGAGUGUACAGGAAGGAUUGGCAUCAGAGUUCACUGGUCUCACGAAGGAGCUGUAUGAUUUCCAGAAGACACAGGAGGCGGACGGGACUGCCGGGAGCCCUUUGAAGGAGUUGGUUGUAGAACAAUUUGAUGAAGAGCAGAUCUGGCAGGAAAUUGAAUUACAGAAUCAUUCAGUCUUGAACUAUUUUAAAAGGGCAGUUGCUUUUCUUGUGCAAGACAAUCUCAGCAGAGUGAAUAGAGUGGAAGAGGCAGAGAUUGAUACGCCUGGAGAGGAGUUUGAAACAGAAAAUGAUUAUGAAGUAGGGGAGGGCAGUGAUGAUGAGAGAGAGUUAAAAUCUGAGAAAGUUAAUGAAAAAGACCAGUCUGAAGAGCUUAGUGAUGAAGACUCCGACAUCAACUUUGAUAUUGAUGAGCUUGUGAAAAAAACUAAACUGCAAAAAAAGAGCCCCAAACUCCCAAGCUCAGACCUGGAUGAUAAAUUUUUCAAACUGUCAGAAAUGGAAGCUUUUUUAGAGAAAGCUGAAAAGGAAGAAGGAAAAAGUGAAGAGAAUGAUGAAGAUGAUAUAGAUUAUUUUGAAGAUAUUCUCUCUGAGGAUGAAGAAAUUAUAAAAACAAACUCCAGGAAAAAGGCGAAGAGUUCCAGGAACAUGCAGUACAAGGAUUUCUUCGACCCAAUUGAGGAACCUGGAAGAGGAGAUGGCAAAGAGGCAAAACGGGAACUAAAGCGGAAAGAAUUAGAGGAUGACACUACUCUGGAUGAAGACCAGGAGCAGGUGGAAGCCAAGAGGGCCAAGGGCAAGAAAGUCAGCUUUGAUCUUUCCGAUGACGGUGAGGAAGAUGACCUGACCAGAGUGAUAGAAGGGAAGAAGCUGGAAGUGGAAAAAUCAAACUUUGAAAAACGCCAAGAAAAGUUGAAAGCACACAUCCAACAGCUGGAGAAAACAGCCUUGGAGCAGAAGCCAUGGCAGCUCCUGGGAGAGGUCACAGCUCAGAAACGGCCUGAGAACAGCUUGCUGGAAGAGGACCUUCACUUUGAUCAUGCGGUCAGGAAAGCACCUGUCAUCACUGAGGAGACAACACUUCAACUAGAGGAUAUCAUUAUCCAGAGGAUUAAAGACCAGGCGUGGGAUGAUGUCUUGCGUAAGGAGAAGCCCAAAGAAGAGACGUUUGAAUACAAAAAACGACUUACUUUGGACCAUGAGAAAAGUAAACUGAGUCUGGCUGAAGUCUAUGAGCAAGAAUAUCAAAAGCAAACUCAGCAAAAAUCAGAAGUGGAGGAAAACCAACAGUACACAGAGAUCCAGAAAAAGAUUGAUUCUUUAUUCCUCAAAUUGGAUGCGCUCUCAAACUUCCAUUUCACCCCCAAACCGCCUGUGCCUGAGAUGAAGGUAGUUUCCAACCUGCCUUCCAUCAACAUGGAGGAAGUGGCUCCAGUGAAUGUCAGUGAUGCCACGCUGUUGGCACCAGAGGAAGUCAAGGGGAAGGGCCGAGCUGGAGCGCUGCAGGGAGAGGAUGAGAAGACAUCGACUGACAAGAAGCGGGAGAGGAGGAAGAAGAAGAAGGUGAAGCGACUGCGACUACAGGCAAGAGAGAUGCGGCAGAAAGAACUGGAGAAGCAGAACGUGAAGCUGAGCGGCAAACAAGAGAAGGAAAUGAAUGCUGAGAAAGCAAAGAAACUGAGUCAGCAGGGAAAGGUGGUAUUGCUAAAGGAUGAAGGAAAAGACAAGGGUUUGCGUUCAUCAAAAGCCUUCUUCUCCCAUUUACAAGAUCAAGUGAAAGCAGAGCUCAAAGGAGUCAAGGUUGGAGCGAAGAAGAAUAUUCACGGGAAACUUUCAGGAAACAAGUUGAAACUUUAAUACAGAUCCCUUCACGCUGUCUACAUGGUGUCAUUCCCGCUUCCUGCCAUUGCUGUUAUGGAGCAUAGCAUUCCAAAAUGUUUCUUAUAUAAAACAAGCUGCGUCCAUUAAAACAAUAAAUUUUCUGAUUUGUAUGGAGAGCUUUUUGUUAGCCUCAGUCUGUGAAAGAACUUUACCAGAUAAAUGACUGAAAAUCUGAUCUUCAGACAACACAAAGAUGUUGGCAAUAACAAGGAUUUAGGACGCUUCAGUGUAGUGCAUCAGGCAUUUCAAGUCGCUGAUCUUUUAUCCGAACCAGAAAAUGUUUUAAAAUGCUGAGAAAUGGAGAGAAUAAAAGCUUGGGAAGGAA